AUUAGCGGACACUAUUUGGCACCGGACGGUUUUUGGCACGACACUGGCAUGACUGGUGGCUAUUUCAUGUAUUUGUGGUGUGCAUUUCAAGGUGGGAAAUUAAAAAACCCAAAUCGACAAAAUGUUUGAGAACCUUGCUGGAGAUCAACUAGUGUUCCGGUGUGAUUCAUUACCAAAAGCAGUUCUAACCUGCUUUAUUUUGGCUACCAGUUAUGUAGGCAGUUUAUACGUUUGGCGAACAAACCUUCCAAGGGAUGACCCUAACACAAUCAAGAGAAGAAGCCUCAGCGCAGCUGCAGUAACGCUCCUUGCUCCAAUCUGUGUUCUCACUCAGGCUUAUCGAGCCGAGGCUGGCAAGGGCUAUUCAAUUUGGCAGUAUCUUGGAAUACGGCAGGCUGGUCUCUUACCAUCUUUCUGCCUUCCACUGUUACUUACCAUGUUUCUGUUUUUAGGACCACUGUACAUGCUGCUGCUUGGUGACUCCAGACAAUCUUUACCCAUCAAAGAGAUGCCUAGGAAGUGGUGGGCAAACAGUGGGGGAUUGGCCGUAGCAAUACGAAAUUACAUUGUUGGUCCCAUCACGGAGGAAGUUGUCUUCAGGGCGUGCAUGCUGCCGCUACUAGUGCCUUGCCUUGGGAACCUCCAGGCUAUCUUUGUCUGUCCUCUGUUCUUUGGAGUAGCCCAUGUGCACCAUGUGAUAGAGGGUUUACGGCAAGGUGUUAAAAAGCCCCUAGUUGUUUGGUUUGCUGCAAUUUUCCAGUUUUUCUACACAACAGUCUUCGGUGCCUUGUCAGCCUUCAUAUUCCUCAGGACAGGUCACCUGAUUGCCUGCAUCAUAACGCACAUGUUCUGCAACUUCAUGGGCUUCCCAGCCUUUGAGGAAAUCCCCAACCACACCCUGCUGCAGAGGGUCGUCAUAUGCGCCGUGUUCCUCACCGGACUGUCGCUGUUUGUCUGCCUACUCUUACCACUGACCAAUCCAGAGUGGUUUGCAAAUGAGACGUACCGCUGGUCACAGGUCUGGUAACCGAACCUCAUGCAGUGGUGUAGUAGUAUGCUGUCCCAUGGAAUCCUCGCACAGGGACGUCCUGAACAGUAAAAAUAAGUGCCAGUGUUGAAUGGCAUAUGUGUGCCAUUCCAGCCGUCCACCCAUGCUCAGUCGCAAUAGUCUCAUGCACAGGUGUUACGAGCUUGCGUACAUGUCCGUUGAGAAUUAGUCAUGUGCCUAUCAUGUGAUCUGGAACUGGUGCAGGCACCUGAUAUGUCUUGCAGUGGGUCCCGUAAGUAGCCAACACAACAUCAUCUAUGGUUCGUACACGGAGUCCACGCCGAGUGUGUGAAGUAACAGUAUGACGUUAAAGUGCAUAUGCACUGCAAGUGUCCUACGGCAUAUACUUUGUAUGGAGACACUUUAGGAGUUGAUAAAUCGCGUUCAACACAGAAGCACUUUUUGUACACUCACAAGUUGUAAUUAGUGGUGUAACGU